AUGGAUGGCAAUAUUCAUCCUUUCAUUCUGUUUAUUCUACUCUUCUUCGUUUCUGGCUCUCUAAUGAUGAUGUUUUGCUCUAAAAAGAAGCCGCAUAAAGAGGAGGGAAUGUCAAAGAAGUUGAGGGCUAAGGGCUCAAAAGGUCCUACAAUAAAGAAAGAUUCCGCCAUCAUAAGAAUCACACAGGCUGAAAAGGAUAAAAAGUCAAAAGCGGCAGAAAAACAUCACCAGCCAGCUAAACCGCCGACUGCACCUCCUGCUAAACCGCCAGAACAAAAAAUAUCAAAAGUGGUUAAUGAUGUUGUUGCGGGAGUUGGUCAACAUCAAAAGGCUGAUAAAACAUCGGAAGAGACAAAUUCGUUUAUCAAAAAAGCUGACCCGAAAAAAAUGAAGAAAAUGAGAUUCAAUAGUAUUGAGGGGCCGAGUCUUAGUCUUCAUGGAUCGUUAGCAACAUCUGGUGAUGGAACAGUUCCAAAAACGGACGAUAUGUUGGCUGAGAAUAUAACAGAUCCAGCAUUUGAAAAGUCAAAUAAAAAAAUUUCGGCAAAGGGAAAGCAGGUCGAAGUUUUACAAAAACCUGGUCAAGCUAAAAAAGGGGAAAUGCCUGGGCAAGCUAAAGGAAAGAAAAUUGUUCAAAUCAAGAAGAUAACGAAAAAAGUUGUUCCUCGCCCGCCUAUAGCAGCAGGAUUGAUGGCUAAAGAUUCUAUUAUGAUUAUUGAAGAUGAAAAAUUUGAACAAGAAGAAAUGAAGAGAAUGAAGAAAGAAAAGAAAGAAGCUGCCCUUCAAGCAAAGAAGGAAAAGAAGAAAGUUGCUGUUGGAUUGGAGGUUAAGGGUCGGCCUGAAGAAAAAAUCUCUUCAAAAGAUAAAGUUGAUCAAUCCAAAGAUAAAACGAAGGAGAAGAAGAAGAAAGGCGGUGCUCAUGCAGGAGGAUUGGAGGCUAAAGAUUCGAUGAUUGAUCAACCCGAAGAAGGAUUCUCUUCAAAAGUUGAAGGAGCCUUAUCACUUGAAGACGCUGAUAAUGAUGAGGAGGAUGAAGAAAUGAAGGAAGAGGCAAAAGGAAAACCUACUAAAGAGCCAAAAGCUGGAAAAUCGGAAAUCAAAUCUAGCAAAGAAAGCAAUAAAGAUGAUGAAAAUUCGGAUCCCAGCAACUAAGAAAAUAAAUAAAACGUAAUUGAUAGGUGAUAUGUAGAUAUAUUGUAUUAAAUAAGUCGUAAUAUAUAUUCUAUUAAAAGUAUGUGUAAAUAAAUUGGUGAGGGUAAGUCUUUUAACCCUUCCACCACAAAA